AUGUGUCUGGCGAUCGUCUCCAACCGCCUUCUGAAGUGGGAUCAAGUGAGGAAGUUUGCGUGGGGCACAUACACACAUCCAGCCCAGGCAUAUUUAUGUCUUGAUAAGGACGGGAUUCUUAUCGCAAGAUGUGGAGUAGAACUGUCUUGUUGCGGGUUACUUGUGCUUGCAGAUGGCUUUAUGGGGUCAAACCGUCAAGUACAGAACAGAGAAGGGUGGAAUUCGCCUCUUCUUACUUUGACUCUGCUGCUGGGCACCGGAGCAGCGGUGGCCAUAUUUUCCCAAUUCGGGGACCAAGCAGGCUUUCGGGAUUGGUCAGAUCCCUCCGUGGCCCAAAGGCUUCAAAAUGGCACUUGGCCAGCACCGAGAAGAGAGAGGACGUGUCCGACCAGCAUCGGCUGUGCAACCCAAGCUGAAUCAAGCUUCGUACAGUAG